AUGCAGGAAUUGAAAGCAUGUGCGAUAGAACAAGAUAAACAAUGGAAUUCUUCAACCAACACUUCAGGAUUUGAUUAUUUAUUUCUAGCUUGUGUUUACAAUUCUGUUGUUCUAACAACUCACGACAUCACAGAACUCACUGUCCGUAAUGAGUUGAAGCUUCCAUUUCAUUUUAAUGUUUUUCAUAUCAAAAAGAACACCAAUGAGAAACUUUCUAAGGACAUUUUGCUUUGGGCAAUUUCAUAUUUAUAA